AUGUUAGAAUAUUCAGCUUGCAUUUCUUAGGAAAACAAUCACACCAUGAAUUAUGUGUCCCACACUAUGACUUUGCUUCCCUAGCUUUAACAUUUGUGCCUUUUUAUGAUACAUAAACUUCAUUUUAACUAAUUCCUAGUUGGAUUCUAAGGUCAACAUGUGUUUCACAACUCCUAAACCUUAAAACAUGAAUGAUUUUUUUCAUUAUAUAAGAGAUUAAAACAUUAACAUAAAAGACAUAUACUAAGAGACAUAAGAGACAUGGCAAAUAUUCAAAAGUCUAUUGCUUCUGUCUUUUAUAUACUCCUACUACUUAUAUCUUUGCUUCCAUUGAAAAUCACUUCAUCACUAAAAACAGAAGCAGAAGCUCUUGUCAAAUGGAAAAACAAUCUAUCCCCUCCUCUUCCUUUUCCUUCUCCUCUCAAUUCAUGGUCACUCACCAACCAUAUCAACCUUUGCAAUUGGGAUGCUGUUGUUUGUGACAACACUAAUGCAACUGUCUUAGAGAUAAACUUGUCUAAUGCCAAUCUCAGUGGAACACUCACUGGCUUAGAUUUUGCUUCUCUCCCAAACCUCACUCUCCUCAACCUCAAUAACAACAGGUUUCAUGGAUCAAUAACAUCAACAAUUGGCAACCUCUCGACGCUCACUUUCUUGGACUUGGGAAACAACUUAUUUGAAGGCACACUCCCUUCCGACCUAGCCCAACUUAAGGAACUUCAACAUGUUAGUUUUUACAACAACAAUUUCAAUGGUACGAUUCCUUAUCAGCUCACUAAUCUCCCCAAGGUAAGUUACCUUGAACUUGGAGCAAACUUUUUUGUAUCUUCCCUUGACUGGUCCCAAUAUUCAAACAUGCCUUCCUUAAAUUACCUUGGUUUGGAAGUAAAUAAAUUCACUGGUGACAUUCCGAGUUUCAUAGUUGAGUGCAAGAACUUAACAUACCUUGACCUCUCUCAGAACAACUGGAAUAGUAAAAUACCUGAAUCCAUUUAUGGUAAUUUGAAAAGGCUAGAAUAUCUUAACCUCACCAACUGUGGACUAGAAGGAAAACUAUCUUCCAACUUGUCUAUGCUCUCAAAUCUUAAAGAUCUUCGUCUCGGUAAUAACAUGUUUAAUGGUUCUAUUCCAACAGAGAUAAGAUUGCUAUCUAGGCUUCAAUUCCUUGAACUGAACAACGUUUCAGCCCGUGGGGAAAUUCCUUCUUCCAUAGGUCAACUAAAGGAGCUAGUGCAUCUUGAUCUAAGUGCUAACUUUUUUAACUUUAGUGUCCCUUAUGAGAUUGGCCUAUGCACAAAUCUAACUUUCCUGAGCUUAGCUGGAAAUAAUCUAACAGGUUCUUUGCCUUUGUCAUUAGCUAAUUUGACCAAACUUUCAGAACUAGGAUUAUCAGAAAAUUCAUUCUCUGGUCAAAUUUCAGCUUCAUUGAUCUCUAGUUGGACUGAGUUAACUUCUUUGCAAGUCCAAAACAAUAAAUUAACAGGAACUGUUCCUCCACAGAUUGGCCUGUUGAAAAAAAUGAUACGCCUUUUUCUCUACAAAAAUAUUUUCUCAGGUCCUAUUCCUCGAGAGAUUGGAAACUUAAAGGCAAUGACACAGUUAGACCUUUCAGCAAACCAUUUUUCUGGUCCAAUUCCAACAACCAUUUGGAACCUCACAAACAUAACAGUCAUAAAUCUUUUCUUCAACAACCUCUCUGGAAACAUUCCAGCGGAUAUUGGAAACUUAACCUUAUUGCAAAUCUUUGAUAUCGACAAUAAUAACUUUGAUGGAGAAUUGCCACAUACAAUUUCUCAUCUAACUUCCUUAAUUCAUUUUUCUGUGUUCACCAAUAAUUUUUCGGGUAGCAUUCCUGGAGACUUUGGAAAGAACAGUCCUUCUUUAACUAAUGUCUACCUUUCAAACAAUAGUUUCUCAGGAGAACUUCCUUCUGACAUGUGCAGUGGCCUCAAUCUAGUUGUUUUGGCAGUAAAUAACAAUAGCUUUUCAGGGCCAUUGCCAAACUCCUUGAGAAAUUGUUCAUCCUUAACAAGAGUUAGGCUUGAUGAUAACCAGUUCAGUGGAAACAUGACAGAAGCAUUUGGAGUUCAUCCAAAUCUUAAUUUCAUCUCACUUAGCAAAAAUCGUCUCGAUGGCCAUCUCUCUUCGGAUUGGGGUAAAUGUAUAAACUUAACUGAGAUGGAAAUGAGUGGAAACAAACUUUCAGGGAAAAUUCCAUCAGAGCUGAGUAAGCUGAGCAAAUUAGAAUUUCUUAGCCUGCACUCCAACGAAUUCACCGGAAAUAUCCCACCAGAAAUUGGAAAUCUAAGCCUCCUCUACAAGUUGAACUUGAGCAGGAACCAUUUUUCAGGAGAGAUCCCAAAGAAUAUUGGAAGAUUAUCUAAGCUUAACUUUGUUGAUUUAUCUGAUAACAACUUCAAUGGAAGCAUUCCAAAAGAGAUCGGUAAUUGUGAUCAGUUGGUAAGUCUUAACUUAAGCCAUAACAAUCUAUCUGGCACGGUGCCUUAUGAGCUAGGCAAUCUGUUCUACCUCCAAUCCAUGUUAGAUCUCAGCAGCAACAAUCUUUUGGGAGAAAUUCCUCAAAAUCUUCAAAAGUUAGCAUCAUUGGAGAUCCUCAAUGUCUCACACAACAAUCUAUCUGGAACAAUCCCACAAUCCUUUUCAAGUAUGGGCAGCCUUCAAUCUGUGGAUUUUUCUUACAACCACUUAUCAGGUUUGAUCCCAACAGGCGGUGUUUUUCAAAAAGAAACUGCUGAAGCUUUUGCUGGGAAUUCAGGUUUGUGUGGUGAGGUAAAAGGAUUAACAUGUGCCACAACAUUGUCUAAAGAAAAUUCUGGAGGGACCAACAAAAAGGUACUUAUUGGUGUUACUACAUCAGUUGGUGGAGUACUAUUUAUAGGGAUGAUUGGUUUUGGAAUCCUACUAUUUCAAAGAAAAGCCAAAAAACUUAGUGAAGAGUCCAAAAGCAAUGAAGAUAAUGAUCAAUCUACUAGCAUGGUAUGGGGAAAAGAUGCAAAAUUCACAUUUUCUGAUCUGGUGAAAGCAACCAACGACUUCAAUGAAAAGUACUGUAUUGGAAAAGGAGGAUUUGGAAGUGUUUAUAAGGCAGAACUAGUUACAGGUCAAGUUGUUGCUGUGAAAAGAUUCAAUAUGUCUGACUCUGAUGACAUUCCAAAUGUGAAUCAUAUGAGCUUCAUGAAUGAGAUAAGAGCACUAACAGGAGUAAGACACCGGAAUAUAAUAAAGCUCUUUGGUUUCUGUUCUACGAGGAGACAAAUGUUCCUGGUUUAUGAACAUGUAGAAAGAGGAAGUUUGGGAAAAUUGUUGUAUGGAGGAGAAGGAAAAUUGGAGAUAAAUUGGGGUACAAGGGUAGAAAUUGUGCAAGGAAUAGCACAUGCAAUUUCUCACCUUCAUAGUGAUUGCUCUCCACCAAUUGUGCACAGAGAUAUAACAUUGAAUAAUAUACUACUGGAUUCAAAUUUAGUACCUCAUCUUGCAGAUUUCGGCACAGCAAAGCUUCUAAGCUCAAACAAUUCAACCUGGUCCUCCGUUGCUGGAUCUUACGGCUACAUGGCUCCAGAACUAGCACAAACUAUGAGGGUGACUGAAAAGUGUGAUGUGUAUAGUUUUGGUGUGGUAGUGUUAGAGAUAUUGAUGGGAAAACACCCUGGAGAAUUCUUAGGUACCUUGUAUUCAAACAAGUCUUUGACAUUAAUGGAAGUGCUUGUGAAGGAUGUUGUAGACCAAAGGCUUCCACCUCCAACAGACAAAUUAGGUGAAACAAUAGUGUUCACAAUGAGAGUAGCUUUGGCUUGUACGCGAGCUGCUCCUGAGUCUAGACCCACGAUGCGAUCUGUUGCACAAGAAUUGUCAGCACCUACACAGGAUUGUCUUUCUCUUCCAUUUGGUAUGAUAACUGUAAGCAAGCUUACAGGAUUCAAGAAAUAGAUCCACAAGAACUAUUUGGAGGAUUUUAAUAGAUUAGUCAGUAUAAUUAGUCUAAUUAAAUUUAUAAAUUUUAAGAAUAAUGUAAUUUAUGUAAACUUAUCCUGAUCAAAUUAUAUAAUAAAGAAUGCACAACACAAUAUAUAUUAUAUAUUCAAAGAAAAGAUGUUACUUUGGACUCAAGCAAUAUACCAAUGUGUAACUAUCUAUUAAUCUACUGAGGCAAUAGAACAAACACAUAGAACUCACAAAUAGAACAAAGACUAAGACAGAUGAGAAAUACCAUAAAAUGAAGAUGAAGAUAAAGAGUAUGUAAAGAGAUAAGUCCCACAUCAACCUUGUGUAGAAAAUUGAGAGGCGGAUUCACUAUAAAUAUUGCAUAUUGCAUGUAUGGAUAGUUUUCAUUACCAUUAUUAGACAUGUUACUAUCAUCUUAACUGUCUCCGAAUUUCAGCAAUAUAUGAUAGUAUUAUUUUUUUUUGAUGAAAAAUAUAUGAUAGUAUUUGUGAUUUUAGAUAUAAUUUCAAUUCUUCGAAGAAAGUUUUCAGCUGCUUCUGAAUUUAGUUACGGAUUCAGAAGACUUGAAAAUUUUAUUUAAAGGUUUGAGAUUUUUAAAAAAGUUAAAGUAUAGUUUUUUUUGUUUAAUGGAAAAUGCUAAAUAGUAUUUUCGGGGUAUUGAUUAAUUUUAUUUUUUGGUUCUAUUGUUUGUGCCAAAUGUCUAGCGGUUUUGCUGCAUAAGACAGACAGGUGAAGAAGCAAAACAACUAUGGUACGUUUAGAGGAGAAUCAUAUGUAUGGGAUGAAACAUGACAUUGAGAGUUUCUAUGGUACUUUUAUAGAUUUAAAUUAGAUAUUAUUAUUCCAUGGUUUAUUAUAAAAACAUUAAAAACUCCAAGAAAAUAGUUGUUGUAUAUAGUUAAAAAAAAAAA